UGGUUUCUCACGCUCUACUUCCACUUUCCAAGUUAAUUUAUUUACGGAUAAAUUCUUAGUCUUAGUCUUUUCAGAAGGAUUUGGAUUUAUUCUGCAUACCUACAUAUAUCGCGGAGCUUGAAAUGCAGACGAACUGGUGUAACGCUUCGUCACUGCGACAAAGAAAACUCUGAACCAGACAGAAACCAUUCAAAGGUUUUCAAACGAUGACCGACGAGUCCAAGUACGAGACCGUCUUCUUGGGAGGUCUACCUGACUGCAGCAGGGAAGAAAUCAUCAAUCUCUGCGGUAGCACAGGGAGAAUCGCUUCAACGCGCGUGAGGAGAGGAUACGCCUUUAUCGAUUACUUCAACCCAGCGGACGCCGAUUUCGGAAUUCAACACCUCCAUGGGAUCAAGUUCAAAGGCAAAAAAAUUACUGCCGAGUUCGCUCAUCGACGUAGGCGCAUGAAAACUUCUAGCACUAUUACUGCUACUACUAGUAUACAUACUCACUCGCAGUCAUUCGACAACGACGAUGGCUCUGCCAGUGGACCCGCGAUGGUUUGUUAUAAAUGUGGAACCGAAGGACACAGGUCGAGUGAAUGCGCUGAAAAUUUCGGAACCACGUCUUCUAGGUGCUUUUGUUGUGGGUCUGCAAACCACCACAUCAGAUAUUGUCCACGUCGAUCCAUCUCUCCUGAUAGCGGCGCGAGACCCAAAGAUCACUCGGCUCGUACCGGAAGCCGCGACUACGACAACGGAUAUCAUGGUGCCCAUACCAGCCUUUACCGAUCCAGGACUCGCGAAGACAGUGACCGCUACUACGACUCCGUGGAUAAACCCCAAGUUGAUUCUACUCCCAAUACUCGCUUCGAACUUGACGGACGAUACUACUCUCGGGCCAAGGCUACCACUCCUAGGAACGAUUAUGAUGAUACUAAUCCAGCCCCUCCAAUAUCAUUAUAUAUGACAUUUUCACCGUAUGCUGAACAUGUUCCAAGUUGGCAGCAUGAAUCCAGCUAUGAUAACAAAUACAGUCCACGCAGUAUCUCUCCCUCUUAUCACAGUCCUCCUCACGAAGAUGUUGAUCGUGAAACGGCGCACUCUCGAGGUCAUACCCGCUCCAAGGAUGACUCUGCACAGGGUCGUAGAAGCCAAACCAAUAGCAAAAGGCAAAACAGUGCGUCAGAUGCAGACCGCUAUACUGGUAAUUAUCGUGAAGAGCGUAGUACCACGGCGCAUCGUUACUACGCUCGCUCGCCCAGCCCUAGACUACAAGCUCCUCGGAGGAAUGCCAUUUCUGGAGAUUACGAGUACUACUACUCCAGAGAUUUCUUCGAAGCUAGCGUCCCUCAAAGUGCAUAUCACUAUUAGCCUCUUUGCCGGUCUGUUGGAGUUAUAGCUCUUGCGUUGAAGGGAUUUGAAAUAUACGUAUACAACUAAAAUGCUUCUUUUCUUGCUCUUGUUUGGCUUAUAGUGCAUUAUGUGUGCUAAUGAUCUUGAUGCUCAAAUUGUGAUUAAACACCUGUGCAAAGCCGUCGCCAGAUGCCUCACGAACCAUGUCUAU